CAAUAGAUGUAUACCUGUAAUCAAAGAUUAAGUAAAGUUAAUUUUUUACCAAAUUUAAAGAAAAUAAAUAAAUAUUUUGUCUUUUUGAUGCGUUAUUGUUCAAAUUUACACUGUAGCCAAAAUUAUGUUUACCCAGAAACAGGUAUUCAUUUUUACAUUAAAAGUCUGUUCAAAUAAUUAUUUAGCAGUAAUUUUAGCUGUAAUUAUUUUGAUGGUAAUUUUAUUCAAAAAUAAAAAUGAUAGGAGAACAUACUUAGCAAAACAAAUAAGUGGCCUAAAUGGAUUAUCUUAUGUUGGAAUUUUACCUCUUUUAUUUCAAGGUCCAGAAACAAUUUUGACUUUAACCCUACAAUUAUUUAGAAGAUUUGGAAAAUCUACGUUUAAAAUCUGGAUACUAGAUAACUUGUACAUUUUUCCGACAAAACCAGAAGAUAUAGAAAUAAUUUUAAACAACACUAUGCUCUUCAAAAAAUCGAACGAUUAUUUGGUAUUAAAAGAAUCAAUUAUGAGUCAAGGAAUAUUCUCUUCAGAAAAGUAUCACAAAUGGAAAACUAACAGAAAAAUGGUAGCUACGGGAUUUAAUUUUUCUAUUAUAAAAUCUUUUAUACCAAUAUUCUACGAAGAAGCUAUGAUUCUUGGUAAUAUAUUAUAUAAAAGGCGUAAUUUUUAUACACACGAAUGUGAAGUCAGUAAAUCAGUUAGCAUGGCAACAAUGGAAAUGAUCGGAAGAACGGCUUUCGGAGUAAAAUUUAAUGCUCAACAUAAUAGUAAUCAUGAAUUUGUCUCUCACUUUAAAAUUAUUCAAAAGGCAUGGGCUUACAGAAUUCUCCACCCAUGGUUUCUAAACAAAACAUUAUUUAAAAUGUCAUCUGUGAAACAGAAACAUGAUAAGAGUCAACGUAUAAUUUUCGAUUUUAUAGACAAUUUAUUAAAAAAAAAACAAGCAGAGAUGAAUGAAAAAAAAAACAACUAUGAUCUAGAAAACGUUAACGAUUGCAAAAAAACAAAAACCCUUAUAGAAAUUUUACUGGAAAAUGAGAAUAUGAAGCAUACACAAAUUCGUCAAGAAGCUAUAACUGUUAUAAUUGGGGGACAAGAUACAACAGCUUUUACUAAUUCAUGUAUACUAUUUAUGUUGGCUCAUCAUCAAGAUGUUCAAGAUAAUGUGUUUGAAGAAAUAAGUACAAUAUUUUCAUCUGGUGAUCCUGAUCGAAUACCAACUUACGAGGAUUUGCAACAAAUGAAAUACCUUGAGUGUGUUAUUAAAGAAACCCUAAGAUUGUAUCCACCAUUACCUUUUAUGUGCAAAAAUGUUCAACAAGAAUUUAAAUUGGGAAAUCACUUGAUUCCUGCAGAUUCAACACUAACAAUAUUCAUUCCAGGCAUUCAUUUAAAUCCAAAAUAUUAUGAUAAGCCAAGAUCAUUCAAUCCGGAUAAUUUCUUGCCAGAUGUGUAUCGUCAACGGCAUCCAUGUACCUUUAUCCCAUUUAGCGCAGGAUAUAGAAAUUGUAUUGGUGUAAAAUAUGCAAUGACUCAAAUGAAAACUGUUAUAUCUACUUUAGUGAGAUUUUAUCAUUUUUCUCCAUCAGCCAGAUAUCCUUCGUCAAAAAGUUUAAGGUUGGAGUUUUUAGGAUCACUUAAGUUUAUUAACGGUUGUUAUAUAAACAUAAGAUUUCGAACAUAAUUCUACUCUUAAUGUAUAAUUUAUUAUUGCUGAUUUUAUCACUUGCUAUUGUGAUAAUUCAUUUUGCGACAAAUUCAAUCUAUUAUUUAAAUAUUAAUUUACUUCAAGAGAAUACAAA